AAAUACCUUCCACCUCGUUUCUUUAUCGUUCAACUCACAAAUCGAUUCGUACUCUUAAUUCUUAAUCUUUCAUUCUUAUCAUUUGCUUCCGGCACUCCACACUCGUUCAACCAACCAAUCACAUCCACAGCAAAUAUGCGUGUCGCCGCUCCUUCUUUGGCUCUUGCCCUUGCGCAGACUUCUGUCGCUGCUACCGUUCCUCAGCUCGAGGCUCGCCAGUCUGCCUGCAGUGACGUUCACAUCUUCCUUGCUAAGGGCAAUAACGAGCCCUACCCCGGACGUCAGGGCAAGCUCGUAAACGCCAUUUGCGAUGGUCUUGACAACUGCGACUAUGAGGACAUCCUUUUCUACAACCCCGUUGAAUCUUCUUUCUGUGCAUCCGUAGAGGAGGGUGUUGCCAACGGCAUUGCCCAGCUCUCCAGCUACAAUGCCAGAUGCCCCGACACCAAGCUGGUCAUCAGCGGUUACUCUCAGGGUUCCCAGAUUGUUAGCGACAUCCUCGGCGGUGGUUUCGGAACUUUUUUCCAGGGUUGCACCACUAAGCCCUCCCCUAACCUUGAUGUUAACUCUCAAGUCGGCAAGAAGGUCGUCGCUGUCACCACCUUCGGUAACACCAGACACACUGCCAACCAGCCCUACAACCAGUUCAGCGGCUCUUCCGGAAACGGUAUCUUCCCUCGCCCUGCCUACCAGUUGGCCAACCUCGCAACCUGGACUGCCAAGUACCACGACUACUGUGUCGCUGAGGACCCCAUCUGCGCAGGUGGUGAUAACGUGGAGGACCACUUGAACUACUUCGAUCUCUAUAGCGAAGUUGCCGCAUCUUGGGUCAAGGAGCAGGUCAAGGCCGCCGAUGUCGUUGUUUCAAGCACCAUCGUCUCCCCUAGCAGCACCUUCACCUCAGUCGCCACUGUCCCUACCGACAAGGCCGUCCCCACCACUUUCUCCUACAGCAACAACACUGCCACCGCUCCCCAGGUCACCAACUCUGCCGCUCUCUCCUCCAUCCAGUCCGAGGUUCUUCCCAUCCCCACUGCCGACACAACCGUGACCGUCACCGUUGACUGCGCUUCCGUCGACACCUCCGCCAUCGCCUCGUGGACCUCUGCCUUCGCCGCAACUGCCGUUGUCAGCCAGAGCGUCGCUGCCUCUGCAACUGGCGCUGCUGCCACCACCGGUUCCUCUGGAUCCAAGUCUUCCAGCGCCCCCAACGGCACCCACACUCUUAUGCCUUACACUGGUGCCGCAAGCUCCAUGUCUGGCGCUGUCACCGGCUCCCUUGCCAUUGUCCUCUUGGGCGCUUUCGCCAUGGUUCUCUAAUAAGUUCCAGACCAAACUACUUUUUCGUAUCUGUAAAUAUUCUUUCGUCUGUCUACAUGUAUCAUGGCAGUCUGUUUCCAUAAAAUUCUAAUGACCUUUUCUUACUCGUUCAAUCAAAUGAGCCUUCUACCUACC